UUAUUUAUUUUUUAGUUAUUGUCACUCCCUCCAAAGUCCAAUCUUCAUAAUUUUCAGGCUUCCACUUUCAGAGAGAGAAUUAGAAUUAGGGUUUGCUCUUGCAGUGAUAAGCAACUCCAUGGCUCUGUUGCCAUUUAAUCACCCUUCUUGCACUCUUCCCUCACCACCACCACAAUCUUCUUCUUCUUCUUCUCCUUCUUGUCUUAUUAGAUAUAAUUUGCCCUCCAGUUCUCCAGUAUUUACAAGUUCUGCCCUCCUCCGCCCUCUCCGUUGGUGCUCAAACCACCACCAGCACAACCACCAGCUCCGGUCUCUGACGCCGGUGAAGGUGACGGGCAGCCUCUCCUCCGCCGUGGAAACUUCAGGUUCAGGCAAUAGCAGUCAAGUUGAGGAAGGAGAGAAGAAGCUGCUACUCCAAGUCAAGGAUUUAACGGCGGUGAUUGCCGAAUCGAAACAGGAGAUUCUCAAGGGUGUUAACCUCACCGUCUACCAAGGAGAGGUUCAUGCCAUAAUGGGAAAGAAUGGUUCAGGGAAGAGCACUUUUGCCAAGGUUCUGGCUGGGCAUCCGGAAUACGAAGUUACAGGAGGCAGUGUGGUGUUUAAAGGGGAAAACUUGCUGGAAAUGGCAGCGGAAGACCGGUCACUUUCUGGGCUUUUUAUGAGUUUCCAGUCUCCAGUUGAGAUCCCUGGUGUCACCAACAUUGAUUUUCUCAACAUGGCUUACAAUGCCCGCAGAAAAAAAUUAGGACUGCCUGAGCUUGGACCAAUUGAGUUCUAUGCUUAUAUCUUUCCCAAACUUGAUCUUGUGAACAUGAAGACCGACUUCCUCAAUAGAAAUGUUAAUGAAGGCUUUAGUGGAGGUGAAAAGAAGCGCAAUGAGAUUUUACAACUGGCGGUUUUGGGGGCAGAAUUGGCUAUAUUAGAUGAAAUUGAUUCUGGGUUGGAUGUUGAUGCACUUCGAGAUGUAGCAAAGGCAGUGAAUGGGUUACUGACUCCACGAAAUUCUGUAUUGAUGAUUACUCAUUAUCUACGACUUCUAGAAUUUAUAAAGCCAACAUGCAUCCAUAUCAUGGAGGAUGGGAAAAUUGUGAAGACAGGCAACAUCUCCUUAGCAGAGGUACUAGAAAAGGAAGGGUACAAAGCAAUUUCUGCAGCAUAACAACAUGCAAAAAGGAAUUUGUCCAUUUCAGUUGUUGAAGGUAGAAAAAAAAAAACAAAAGCUGGGUUUAGAAAAGCUCGUGUUGUUACUGAUUGAUGAUGACUGCUACUUAGGUGUAAAACUCCAUUUAGGAGGUCCUCCGUUUGGAUGAAGGAAUUGAAAAUUACAUAAAAGUCUAAAAUUGCGGAAUUUAGAUUUCCAUCAU